CCUCCCUCUAUCAUCGCCAAGAAAAGGAGGUGCGUAGUUGGCCAUGGCCGUGCAGGCGCACCACCUCUCCCACGACCUCCACGCCUCCAACAACUUCACGGGUCUACCUCUGAUGGACCCGAUGACCGCCGGAUCCCUCUACCUGGACGGGCAGACCGGGCGCGCGCCGGCGGUGGCAUGCAUCGGGAACUCGGUUUUCGGCGACAUCGAUCUCGCCUGGAACGACAACACCUGGAGCCACGGUUUCGUGCAGAGGAAGCGGGCGCGCGUCGUUGCGGAGGCGCCUUCUUUCCUGGAGAGCCAGUGCGCGCAGGGGCUCGUGGCCGUCGGCGACGUGCUGGCUAGGGCGGCCGGCUCCGGCGAGGCAUCCUCCAGCGGGAGGAUGGCCAAUGCCGCCGACCUGCCGCAUGACCUACUCUCGACGCUCUACCACCAUGGCAUGGAGAUUGACGCGCUUGUACGAGUCGAGACCGAGCGGACGCGCGCGGGGCUGGAGGAUGCGCGGCGCCGCCACGUCCAGGCGUUGCUGUUAGCGGCGGAGCGUGCCGCGGCGAGGCGUCUGCGGGCCGCGGAUGCCGCGCUGGAGCUCGCGCGCUCUCGCAACGCGAACCUGUCGGAGAGGCUCGGCCAGAUUAGCGCGGAGGGGCAGGCGUGGAUUGGCGUCGCCAAGAGCCACGAGGCCGCCGUGGCCGGACUCCGCGCCACCCUCGACCAGCUCCUGCAAUCCCAAUCCCCUGGCACGGCAGCCGCAGAAGGAGCGGCUGGAGAGGGCGCCGACGCCGAGGACGCGCGCUCCUGCUGUUUUGAGACCCCCGUGGGCGGCGACGAUGCUGCUGCUGCGGACGACCACGAGGCGGCGUCUAACAAGUCCAGCGCAGCGUGCAAGGCCUGCGGCGAGGGCGAGGCGCGCGUGCUGGUUCUGCCGUGCCGUCACCUAUGCCUCUGCCCCGCCUGCGACGCCGCCGUCGACAAGUGCCCGGUCUGCGCGGCCACCAAGAACGCCUCGCUCCAUGUCCUGCUCUCUUGAUCCAAAACUUGCGCGCGCGUGGCCUUCUCUUCUCUGAAACGGUUUGUUGUCACAGGAAAAAUCUGUUGACGUCAACGACUCAGCGUGCAUGGUCUUGCUUCUUCAUCACGCCGAAACCUAUCGACAUGUCCAAGUUAGAGUUAGUUCAGUUCGCUAAGUUUGUUCGAAUGAAUAGCACUGCUUCUAGAAUUUUGAAAAUUUUGAAACGAGUUGUGGUGGAGUCUAACUCUGAAGAAUGGUACUACCUGCGUCUAAACGCACAAUUGGUCCAGUGAGUUUGUCAGCGUAGUACUCCAGUUCUAGCCUUCUAGGAGCUGCUUCAAAUUUUCACAAAAGAAGGCGUAGUACAGAUGUUCAGUUCGGAGAAAAUUAGCACCAAACAGACUACAGGUUCAACUUUAAA